CUGCCGGCGACGCCUGUCGCGACUCGCGCACCCUCGCCCGCAUCGCCCGCAUCGUCGCGCUCGUCGCAGUACGGCAGCAAGAGCUCGUCUUUCUCGAUGCAGACGGUGCGGCAGCAGAUCCGCCAGCGCCUCGCGAGCGCCAAGGAGAACUGCGACAAGGAGCUGCGCCGCAUCGUCGCCGGCAUCACGGCCUACGUCGAGACCGAGCUGCACCGCGACAUCUCGACGCCGAUGCCGCUCGGCGGACUUGGCGGCGGCCUCGGCGGCGGGAGCCGGUUCGGCGAGCUCGCGUUCGACGAGGGCUCGAACCGGGGCUACUCGUCCAACGCCGAGUACGACGAGUCGGGCGCCGAGGACGACGCCGUCGAGGAGCUCGUGUUCUCCGACUCGGACGGCGCGAGCACGAGCAUCCCGCCGUCGCGCCUCAAGACCCAGACGAGCGCCUCGCCGCACGAGCCCGGCCGUCGACGGCCGUCGAUGCGCGCCGAGUCGCCCCUGGCGGCGUCGCUCCAGGUGCGGCAGCGUCGCCUGACGAGCGUGCCUCGCGACUCGAGCCAGCCGGGCGAGCGUCGACCUCGCUCAGCCGGCAACGGUGCCUCGAACGCGAGCUCGCGGUCGACGUCGCGUUCACGGUCGGCGCUCCCGCACGGCCGGCGGCACGUGUCGGGCUCGCGCUCGCCAGCCCUGAGCGGCUUCGGCGCCCUCCCGCAGAGCAGCGCGACCGACCUCGCCCAGUCGGCCCUCAUCGUCCUCCUCCAGGACAUCAUCACGAUCGCGACCGAGGUCCUCGACACGCCCAUCUCGAAGCUCACGAGCCGCUCGGGCCUGUGUGCCGAGUACAUCCAGCGCGUGCAGCAGAUCGGCGAGGCGUGGAGCGAGAACGCCGAACUGCCCUGCCGAGGGUGGUACGUCCAGCUCCUGCUCGCCGUCGCGGGCCUGAGCCGCGUCGUCGAGUGGUGGGAGGCCGAGAAGGGCUUCUGGUCGUUCGAGGCGGCGGCCGACGGCGACGGCGACCCGAUCCUGUUCGUCGCCAAGCCCACCGUCGACGACUCGCCCGAGGUGCGUCCCCGAGGCGAGAGCGUGUCGUCGGUGCCCUCGACGGCGGCGAUGGGCGGCGCGCCAGCGCCUCAGUGGUCGCCGCUUGGCAUCGACCUCGGCGGCGACCGCAGCGAGGUCGCGCUCGGCGAGCGCGAGCCGCGCACUCGCGAGCCGACGCAGACGGCGCAGCAGGAGGAGGACGAGACGCACCAACGCGCCGACGACCUGCGCCAGGCGGUCGAGACGAUCCGCUCGCAGACCCUGCUCAUCGAGUUGAGCCUCGACGGCCAGCUGUUCCAGUACCUCAGCUCGGCUUGGCGCGACCUCGUCGGCAUGGACCCGGACGAGUGCCUCGACCUGCCCAUCUCCGACUUCCUGUACCCGGGCGACGCGUCCGUCUUUGCCGAGGCGACCCGCCAGCUCGAGUCGGACGACUCGCACACGGUCGAGGUCAACUUCCGCCUGCGCGUCGCGUCGGCGUCCGAGACGUCGCAGGACGACCAGGACCCCGAGGACCUGUACGAGGCGAUGGAGGGCAAGGGCAUGCUCAUGCUCGACGGCCUGAGCGGCAGCGCGUCGCACACCAUGUGGGUCGUGCGCCCGACGCCGUACACCGAGGCGGCCAUCGAGGCCAACCACGCCCUGUCGAGGUACGGGCUCGACACGCUCCGGUGGCGCUCGUCGAGCGACCCGACGUCGUUCCUGUCGCCCGAGCGCAUCGCCCUCGAGCCCAUCCUGUGCCGCAUCUGCGAGCGACCGACGCCCGCCUGGUUCUUCGAGAAGCACAACGAGACGUGCAACGAGGUCCACCACCUCGAGAGCGACAUCUCCGAGUGCAACGACCGCCUCAAGGAGCUCUUGCGCACCGUCGACGAGCUCGUCGAGGGCCUCGACCACGCCGAGGGCGACGACUCGACGGUCCAGUACGAGGGCAUCCCGCUCGACCUGUCGCCCGUCUCGACGCCGCCGUCCUACCUCGAGGGCCUGCGCCCGCCUCUCGCGCCCAAGGCGAGCCCGGGCCAGGGCCACCAAGUUCGCCGCACGCAGCAGCGCGUCUUCGAGCACGUCCGCGAGAUCGUCCAGAUCGCCAUGGCCAUCUCGACGCCGUCCGUGACCGACGAGACGGGCGAGAUCCCGAUCCAGGAACAGCGUCUCCUCAGCCCCAACUCGGAGAACAACCUCGCCGCCGUCAUGCGGUGGCAGCGACCGUCCACCGACGAGCCCGCCCUGUCGCGCCUCGUCAACGACACCGAGGACCACAUCCGCUUCAAGCUCAACAGCGUCAACCGCCUGCGCAACACGAUCCUGUACGCCGAGAAGGUGCGCCAAGAGUGGGAGGCCAAGGCGCAGGAGGCGAUCGCGGCGAUGCAGGACGCCGAGGACGAGCAGCAGCAGCAGCAGCAGCAGCCGAUGCACGGCCGGGUCCCGUCGCCGUUCCCGUUCGACUCGCCGCAGCUGCAGCCGCUCCCGUCGGACGAGUCGCCGCGAGGCAUGGAGGCGCUCGACCUUCCCCGGCCGACGCAGACGCUCCGGCGCCAGAUCUCGCAGCCGAUGAGCCUCCUGUCGCCCAACAUGGCGCCGCAGGACGACGCCGCAUCGGGCCUGUCGGCGAGCCCGAGCGCCAACCUGGCCCUGUCGCCGCGCAUCCCGGCCGCCGUGCCCUCGUCGCGCACGAAGGUGUCGUCGAUCAAGGACUUCAAGGUCAUCAAGCCCAUCUCCAAGGGCGCGUUCGGGUCGGUCUACCUCGCCAAGAAGAUCACGACCGGCGACUACUACGCGAUCAAGGUCCUCAAGAAGUCGGACAUGGUCGCCAAGAACCAGGUCACCAACGUCAAGGCGGAGCGCAUGAUCCUCAUGACGCAGACCGAGUCGGACUUUGUCGUCAAGCUGUACUACACGUUCCAGAGCAAGGACUACCUGUACCUCGUCAUGGAGUACCUCAACGGCGGCGACUGUGCGGCGCUCGUCAAGAACCUCGGCGGCCUCCCCGAGGACUGGACGCGCCGGUACAUCGCCGAGGUCGUCGUCGGCCUCGAGCACCUGCACCAGCACGGCAUCGUCCACCGCGACCUCAAGCCCGACAACCUCCUCAUCGACUCAAAGGGCCACCUCAAGUUGACCGACUUUGGCCUGAGCCGCAUCGGCCUCCUCGGGCGCCAGACGCAGCUCCCGAGCCUGCGCGACCAGCGCCGCCCGUCCGUGUUCGGCCGCACCGGCUCGGGCGGCCUCUCGAACCGCUCGUCGCCCAUGUCGACGCCCGCACUCGCGCCCCAGUCGUCGUCGUCGCAGGCCGGCUACUUCGGCAACGUGCCCAUCACCGACGCCUUCUCGCUCGACACCCCGAGCGAGUCGAGCGGGUCGUCGAGUGCCCCGCCCUCGGCGCACGCCAAGUUUGCCUCGCCGUCGCCGCUCAGCCCGACGUCGAUGGCGACGCGCCCGCUCGGCGUCGCCGGACCGCCAGGCGCCGCGCCCGAGACGCCCAACAAGCACUUUGUCGGCACGCCCGACUACCUCGCGCCUGAGAGCAUCCUCGGCGUCGGCAUGGACGCGUGCGUCGACUGGUGGGCGCUCGGCGUCAUCUGCUACGAGUUCCUGUUCGGCAUCCCGCCCUUCCACGACGAGACGCCCGAGAAGGUCUUCGAGAACAUCCUCUCGCGCCGGUUCGAGUGGCACGAGGACGUCAUCGACAUCUCGCCCGAGGCGCACGACUUCAUCGACCGCCUCAUGUGCACCGACACGCACCGUCGCCUCGGCAGCAAGGGCGCAGGCGAGGUCAAGGCGCACGCGUUCCUCGCCGACGUCGACUGGGACAACCUUCUCAAGCAGCCCGUCGACUUUGUCCCGACCGUCGCCGAUCCCGAGUCGACCGACUACUUCGACCCUCGAGGUGCGACCGAGGGCGAGUUCAAGGAGGACGAGGCGGGCGAGCACGCCGCCGUGUCGAGCGACCCGGCCGUGUCGAGCGAUCCCGCCAUCGCGCAGAUGCAGGGUCUGCCGACGCCGGGCAAGGAGGCGUCGACCGAGACGACGGCCACGUCCCGCGCACCUCGCGAGCGGUCCGAGACGGCCUCGAGCGCGCACGACGACUUUGGCACGUUCAACUUCCGCAACCUGACGGUCCUCAAGCAGGCCAACGACGACGUCAUCCGCAAGCUCAAGGACGAGCAGCUGUUGCCGCCGUCGGGCGGCGUCCCGGUCCCGACGCACCGAGGCGUCAGCAGGAGUCGCGGCGGGACCAACGACGGGCGCAUGGGCGCGCCGUCGUCGCCGUCGUCCGUCUCGAACAGCUCGAGCAGCUCGGUCGCUCAGCGCACGACGGCGCCCUCGUCGCUCUUCAGCGGCGCCGGCCACUCGCGUCAGGCGUCCGAGCAGCACGCCCCGGGCGAGCGCACCCGGUACCGCCAGCCGAGCGCGUCGUCGCCGAUCCAGUCGGCCGUCCACCGCCGCCGCAACUCGCUCCCGUCGCGUCUGCGCAAGGUCUCGGUCUCGGACGGUCGCCCGCCCCUUCCCGACAGCUGGGAGGCGCCCGAGUCGCCAAGCGGCAUGGCGCCCCUGGACACCGGCGUGCGUGCGUCCGCCUCGCCGGCGUCGGCCGGUCCCGCGUCGUCAAAUCGCCUGUCGACCAUCGACUGCCUCGUCGCCGGCCGCAACCCGAUCGUGACCAAGGUCCUCGAGACGAUGCUGCAACGCCUCGGCUGUCGAGUCGUCGUCGUGCCCAACGGCGCCGAGGCCAUCCUCGCGGCGGGCGGCAUCCCUUUCGACGUACUUUUCCUCGAUCUCGCCAUGCCCGUCGUCGACGGCGAGAAGGCGGCCCGCAUGAUCAAGAGCACGGUCAACCCGUCGUCGAACGCGCCGAUCGUCGCCGUUUGCUCCCAGUCGUCCGCUAUCGACGACGCGACGGGCACGCUCUUCACGGCGACGCUGCCCAAGCCCAUAAUGAAGGCCGACCUCCUCGGCGUCCUGUCGCACCUUGGCUUCCGCCUCGAGGUCAAGGCGUCCGAGAGUCGACGUGGCUCUGGCGACACCGGCCGGCCGGCGUCGCCUGCGCCCGCACAAGCCUCCGAGUCGCGGCGCGAGUCGGCGUGAAGCGCUUUCCCUUUCCCUCGGCGUACCGGGCCUCGCUCGCCCUGUCUUCCCUUUCUACCUAUUCCCCCUCCCCACUGUACAGACUAGAGCCCCCUCACCUCGUGUUCUCGUCGCCCUCGCUCUUUCCCCCCGUCUCGUCAUUCGUUGUUGCUCCUCUGCCUCCUAGCAUUUCUCUUGUUCUCUCGUGCGAUGUCAUCAGUGUGUGUGCGUGUCGCUC